UCUGCUAGCCAGGCCAAGAGGCGGUCUGCCAACGACUACCAGUUCGGAACUCGCAUUGGUGAAGGCUCGUACUCCACCGUGUUCUCAGCGUUGGAUGUCCACAACAAACAGACAUACGCCAUCAAGGUGCUCUCCAAACGGCACAUCGUCAAGGAGGACAAGAUCAAGUACGUCAACAUCGAGAAAACCACGUUGCACCGCUUGGGCCAGCAGCACCCAGGCAUUGUCCAGUUGUACUACACGUUCCAAGACGAAUCCAGCUUGUUCUUCGUGCUCGACUUCGCCGAGUACGGUGAGCUCCUCUCGAUCAUCCGCAAGUUCGGCUCGUUGUCGGAGCAGGUGGCCAAAUUCUACAUGUGCCAGAUCGUGGACGCCGUGCGGUUCAUCCACAGCAAGGGCGUGAUCCACCGUGACUUGAAACCCGAGAACAUAUUGGUGGGCCAUGACUUCAACUUGAAAAUCACCGACUUUGGCGCUGCCAAGUUGUUGGGCGGCUCUGACGACAAUUCCGGCGAAAACAUCGACUACAACGACGUCCACGAGGCUCCCGACAAGGCAGACCGCCAGGGCUCGUUCGUGGGAACUGCCGAGUACGUAUCGCCUGAGUUGUUGAAGCACAACGUUUGUGGCUUCGAGUCCGACGUAUGGGCCUUGGGGUGUAUCUUGUAUCAGUUUUUCCACGGUAAUCCGCCAUUUAAAGGUAAUACCGAGUAUCUCACGUUCGAGAAAAUCAUAGCCGUGGACUACUCGUUCCGCACAAAGACGCCUGUGCCAGCAGACGUGGUCCAGCUCGUGGACCAGAUCUUGGUAGCAGACCCUUCCCAGAGAUUGACCAUUUCCCAAAUCAUGGCUUCACACUGGUUCCACGAGGUACACUGGGACGACCAGAACUACAUCUGGGGUCGCAAAGUCCCCAGAUUCGAGCCCCAUGGCUCGACUCCCGCUGCCACGACAUCUUCCUACAUGCCUGGCCUCAAAACAGGCUCCAACAGAGAUAUGAAGCAGUCCAGCUCGUUUCAGCAACUCCAUUCCCAGAUCCAACUGUCGGACUACAACCUAAUACCGUCGUUUGGAUCAAAAACUGCAUAUCAACCAGCAAACAAACUAAAGAAGACCUACAUGCCUCCACCCGCAUCUCCACAGCAAAUGGCUAAUCCUUCCAACCAGCCAUCGCCUCCCAAAGUGUCUGCCAACCAGUACUCCAAUAGAUUUCCUGGACCACCUCCACAUCAGCUGGGUUUUCCUAUGAACGGAUCCAAACCAGGGCCGAUCCCAGGACCCAUGCCAAGAAUUAACUCUCCCUACAUUCCCUCGUCCCCAAGCCAGAAUUUCAUAAAUGCCUCGUCUCCAGAGUCACCAGGAAGAAUUCCUAAGCAUACCAAUCUUAGAUCAAAAACUGCAUUCAACAACAUAAGCAGUAAUGGAAACGACCUGAUUUCUGCGCCUCCUAGCAUGCCAGCACCACCCAGUUCAUCGUCACCAACAAUUCCCCCACCUUCGGUGCGCAAACCUUCAGGAAGUGUCCCUACUUACAAACCAACACAGACGUCUGCACAGGUUCAGAGUAUAGGUGUCCCUAGUGCCCCACACGCAGCCGCGGCAGCUGCUGCUGCCGGUAAGCAACAGCCUCCGCAACCAAAAUCUUCACCUUCAUUGAAUCAACAAGGCUUCGCCAAUAAUCGCCUUCCUUCUUUGGAGAACACCAUCAAGUUCAGCGAAAUAUACAGCCUACUUGAGCCCGAAGAGAAGAUCCUCAAGAUGGACACAGUCUUCAAGCUGUAUUUGAGCAACAGCAUAGUGAAACGGUCUCAAGCCGAGCCAUUGGAUGAUUCUGCCAUCGACGAAUUAAUCACUCGGUUCCAGAGAGAGUUGGCCAGGAACACUGUUCCGGUGGUGACAGUAAUCACUAAUUUUGCCAGGGUAUUUUUCAUCGACGGUUUGUUGAACGUGAUCUUGGUGGACUUGAAGGCCAACCAGGGGAGCGAUUACCUGAUGUACGAUUACGAGUUUGAGAGCAUUGCUGUGGACGGGGAUGACAAUCCCAUUGAUGAGGAGGUCUACGGCUACCUCAUUUUGGAGUUGAUCAGAGAGGAUGGUGAUUUGAUAUUCUUGAAGAGAAUUGCUCCCACGGACAGGCUUUCAUUGGGUGACACCGUCAAGGUGUUGGACCGAAGCGAAAACCCCGUCAAGCUUGGCAAGAAUUAUGGCUGGAUCGAGUGCUUAUUGAUGGCCAAGGAGCUGAUCUCCAAGCCAAAGCCCCAGGAGGAGGAAAAGCCA